AUGCACCCCUUCCCCAACUCGCACCCCCGCCAGCCUCGGCGGCUCACCUCCGAUUGCGCCGCUGGCGCUCCGCGCGUGAGCACGAGGUGCACCGUCUCUGCCUCCGCCACUCCGCCCUUCGCCCACGGCGCGCGCCAGCCUUCCGCCGACUGCCCCGCUCCGCCCGUGUCGCUUCCGCCGCCGCUGCUGUUGGUGGAUGGUUCGCUUGAGUUCGAUGACGUGUCACUGCCUGACGACGUGUCACUGCCUGACGAUGACGUGUCACCGCUCGAUGAGGAGUUAUCACUGCCUGACGAUGACGUGUCAUUGUGUGACGAUGACUUAUCACUGCCUGACGAUGACGUGUCACCGCUCGACGAGGACUUGUCACUGCCUGACGAUGACGUGUCAUUGUGUGACGAUGACUUAUCACUGCCUGACGAUGACGUGUCACCGCUCGACGAGGACUUGUCACUGCCUGACGAUGACGUGUCAUUGUGUGACGAUGACUUAUCACUGCCUGACGAUGACGUGUCACCGCUCGACGAGGACUUGUCACUGCCUGAUGAUGACGUGUCAUUGUGUGACGAUGACUUAUCACUGCCUGACGAUGACGUGUCACCGCUCGACGAGGACUUGUCACUGCCUGAGGAUGACGUGUCACCGCUCGACGAUGACUUGUCACUGCCUGAUGACGUGUCACUGUGUGACGAUGACUUAUCACUGCCUGACGAUGAGGUGUCACUGCCUGACGAUGACGUGUCACCGCUCGACGAGGACUUGUCACUGCCUGAGGAUGACGUGUCAUUGUGUGACGAUGACUUAUCAGUGCCUGACGAUGACGUGUCAUUGUGUGAUGAUGACUUAUCAGUGCCUGAAGAUGACGUGUCAUUGCUUGACGAUGACUUAUCACUGCCCGAUGAUGACGUGUCACUGCUUGACGACGAACUGCUGCUCGAUGAGCCUCCCGCGCGCGCGGCUUCCGCGGAUUCGUCCCAUGCUAGGGUCGGUCUGGUGGCAGCAGCUGCUACCGCAGCUGCUGCGGAUGUGACAGCACGGGAGUGUGACAGCAUCGAGCGAAUCGCAGAGCUGAUUCGCCGCACGCACGCACCUGCGCGCAAUGCGCAUGGCAGCGCGGAACACGAGGAGCGCGCAGCAGAAAGGGGGAGUGCGGUGGGGCAAGAGGGGCAUGGGGAGGAGCCAUUGCGGUCACUGGAGGCGGGGCAGUGGGUGAAGCUCAUUUGUGGCGCCAGCUUCGAGGAGGAGGAGGAGGAGGAGGAGGAGGAGGAGGAGGAGGAGGAGGAGGAGGAGGAGGAGGAGGAGGAGGAGGAGGAGGAGGAGGAGGAGGAGGAGGAGGAGGAGGAGGAGGAGGAGGAGGAGGAGGAGGUGCAAUUUGAGUCGACUCAGAGUGCACGAGGGGCAGGGGGGUUCGGAGCCAGCAGUGGUGGCGGCACGGCAGCAAGUCUCAAACUAUCAAUCUCCCACGGAUCGCCCUCAUCAUCCCCUUAUCCGCACCCCAACCCCUCCUUCCCCCCAGUGGACUGCAUUGACUGUGCGGCGGAGCCAGCAGUGGUGGCGGCAGCACGGGACGGCAUCAGUGCCGCCAUGGCCUGGGCUGCAGCAGCCCUCACGCAUGGGCGCGUGUGUGGGGGGGAGGUGGCAGCAGCACAGAGGGGCAGGCGCGUGGGGGAAACAGCGGAGCUGAGGGGUGGGGGGGUGGGGGAGGUUACGGGGGAGGGGCCGUGGGGCGGCCGGGUUGCAGGGGGGAAUGUGGAGGGGGGGAGGCGGCCGUGGUUGAUGGUCAGUGUGAGCGAUGGGCAGGACCCGCACUUCCGCAAAGCAGUCUUUGAUGCCUCAAUCUGUCCGCCCUCCUGCCCUCGACCCUGUGAGCGAGUCUGCCCCGCCGCUGCCAUCCGCUUUCCACCUGCGGCCACCCAUGCUGCCACCCAUACCGCCACCGAUUCUGCCACAUUUACUUUCACCGAUUCUACAGCCAGUUGCAUGGAGGAAAGCAGCACGGCUAUUAGCAGCAGCAGCGUCAGUAGCAGCUGUAGUGACAGCAGCGCAGGGGUGAUUGCAGAGCGGUGCUACGGCUGUGGACGCUGCAUCCCGGUGUGCCCCUUGGGCCUCAUCUCGGCAGAGCAGCACCAACGAACAGAGGAGGAAACAUUGGCGCUUCUAAGCAGUGGUCUCGUGGAUGCCAUUGAAAUACACACUCUCCCAGGACACCUGGACGAGUUCAAUGCGUUGUGGGCAACCAUCGGUCAAGCAGCAGGAUCUCUCAAGCUCGUUGCUGUGAGUGUGCCAGACCUGGGGGACAGCAUGCGGGCUGCCAUGCACGCCAUGCACCGCACCAUGCUGCCACACCUCUCUGCUGCUAACCUCUGGCAGUUGGACGGCCGCCCUAUGAGCGGGGACAUAGGUCAAGGCCGCACGGUCGCAGGUGUGGCGUUUGGUGGACAUGCACGCAAGGUAAGUGCUCUGAUGAUCCUGGCUCCAGUCCUUGCCCGCCUUGAAGCUGCCCGCCCAAUCGCUGCAAACGAGGCUGGUGCAGCCACAUCACCCAUCGACGUGUCUGUGCCUCCACUGCACAUUGAGAGCCACCCGCCUCUUCUGCUCGAGGCACUGGAGCUUGCAUCGGAUGUGACUGCAGAGAAGGGUGACGUCACGCGAUGGCGAGUCACGUACCGAGUGUGGGACGCUGGUAACUACAG